AUGGAGAUCCCCUUCUCGCGGCUUCUCUUCGAACAGGGCGCCAUCACCCAGGCUGUCAUCGACCAUCCAUACUCUGGCUCAGGCACAGAAGACGAUCCCUACGUGAUAACCUGGAUUCCUGACGACCCCCGAAACCCGCAACUGUUCUCAGCGUCCUACAGAUGGUUCCUCGCAGUGCUCAUCUCGCUGGCCGCCCUGGCUGCGGCCCUGGUCUCCUCCGCCUAUUCAGGAGGCCUAGUUGAAGUCGUCGAAUACUUCCAAUUCUCCAAAGAGGUCGCAUAUGCAGGGAUUUCUCUGUACGUUCUCGGGUUCGCCCUGGGCCCGCUGAUCUGGUCACCCCUGAGCGAGAUCUACGGCCGGCGCCGGAUUUAUAUCAUCAGCAUGGCGAGUUUCACUGCGUUCACUGCCGGUACGGCUGGGGUGACGAAUACAGAGAGCCUGCUCAUCCUGCGCUUUCUGGCCGGUAGCAUGGGCUCCUCUGGCAUGGCGCUUCCCGGGGGUGUCAUUGCGGAUAUCUUCCCCGCGACCAUCCGCGGGCUGGCCCUGAGUAUGUAUGCUACAGCGCCGCUCCUAGGGCCGACUCUCGGGCCCACUGUUGGCGGAUUCAUCUCGGAGAGUAUCGGCUGGCGCUGGGUGGAGGGCGUACUCACUAUCUUUUCUGCUGUCCUGGUGAUAGCCAUCGUCUUCCUCCUCCCCGAGACAUACGCCCCUGUGCUGCUCCAAGCACGAGCCCAGAGACUGCAGCAAACCACGGGAAAUAUCUACCACAGCGCCUCGGACAAGGGCAAGAAGUCUCUGUUCAAAACACUCGGCACCGCCCUCUCUCGCCCGUGGCUCUUCCUCUUCGGCGAGCCCAUCGUCUUCCUCCUCUGCCUCUACGUCUCCAUCGUCUACGGUAUCCUAUAUCUGCAAUUCGCCGCCUACCCCAUCGUCUUCCAGCAAGUCCGCGGCUGGUCCGAGGGCAUCGGCGGCCUCUCCUUCCUCGGCAUCCUCGUCGGAAUCCUCGCCGCAACCGCAUACACCUUCCCCGUCUAUUUCCAGUAUAGGAAGAAAUGCCUCGCCUCCCCAACCGGCCGCCUCCCUCCAGAAGCACGCCUCCCAAGCGCCUUCAUCGGCGCACUCGUCCUCCCCAUCGGCCUCUUCUGGUUCGCCUGGACAAACGGCCCCUCCAUUCACUGGCUGUCCCCCAUCGCAGCGGGCGUGCCCUUCGGCUUCGGCAUGCCCUUCGUCUUCCUCCUUGCCCUAAACUACCUGGUCGACACGUACACGAUCUAUGCGGCGUCCGUGCUGGCCGCGAACACGCUGCUCCGAUCGACCUUUGGUGCGGUCUUCCCGCUUUUCACGGGCUAUAUGUUUGAGAGUCUAGGGAUUCAUUGGGGCGCCUCUGUUCCGGCGUUUUUGGCGCUGGCUUCUGCCCCGAUUCCGUUCUUGUUUUAUUGGUACGGGCCCAGGAUUAGGAGGAAGUCGAGGUAUGCGAGUGAGGCGGAGGCGUAUAUGCUGCGCCUGCAGGGUGUGCAGGUAGAGACGCAGCAGCAGCGGCCGAAACAGGAGUCUACUAAUUCAAUAGACUUUCAAGAAAAGAAUACGCACACUAUUCAGAUAAAAAUGGAAAGUUCUCGCCAAGGUUUCCUCCAGGAUCGACAGCUCGUCAACUUCCUCGGCCGAACCCUCGACCCACCUGCUUGCGAAUCUGCGACCCAUAUAUUCAAACUUCAAAGACCAUUUGUUAUCACAUAG